AGCAAAUCUCUACUUCGCCUCAGAGGCAUCCAUGAAGUGUUGGUUUUGUAGGCAAUUUAUAUAGGUAGCAAUGUCUCCCUUAUGAUUUGCUCAAUUCGCAUGAUUCACUUAUCAGUACCCCGCAUCCGCCCGGUUUGCACAUCUUUACACUCACAACAGACCAAUAUCUACCUGAACACUAUCAGUCGCCAACCUUUGAUCCCUCAAGACUUCACUCUCUACUAUCAUAUCUUAAAACACAGGCCCUUCAUUCCAAUCGGUCUCUCUCAUCUCCCCCGCAGCAGGCCAGAUAUCAAAAUGGAAGUCGAUUUAAAGAAAUUCGAAGACCAUGAGUUGUUACAAGAUUUUGACCGACCCAUUUACAAUAUGCUCAAGGCUACUCUCCAGUAUCCAGCCGAUCCAAAAUCGAUUGGCGCCAAGCUUGCUGGUGACAUCACAUUUAUGUGUAGGACACCAAUGCUAGAUGGUAGCCCCGCCGACACCUGUUCCAUGUGGACGGUGAUCAUUCAAUUGUCCCGCUAUAUUCCGCCAGAUCAUCCAUGGCAAGACAGUCUGGUCCAAGCAGUAGACAAUCUUCGCCAACAAGAAGGUCCCAUAUCUGAUCAAUAUAAAUAUGCAUUAUGGAAAAAUCUGCCCGAACUUGCGCUAUGCAUGAGAGAAGAAUGGAACGAGAUUCCAACGGAGAUUAACGAAGAAGGGUUUUCCAAAGAGCAGAUGGAGGAGUUGAUGGAAGACUUCGUCCGAUGGAAAAAUCAAAACUCGUUUGCCGCUCGGCUUACGGGACCGUCAUUUGCUCCCUGGCUGACUCUCCCCAUCUGGCAACUCCGGGAAGCUCUCGAAACGCCGCCGGCGAAAGGAGCUCGGCAGGAAUGCCGGGUAUGGGUGGCGUGCGAGUGGAUACUCCGCUGCGCGGAAAUAAUCUUUGAGGAUAUGAACUCAGAUGAGGAGCCGAACAAUGCUUUCCAGACGGGCUCGCUUUGUGGCGAAGAUAUCCCUCAAUUUAGCAUCAAGCGGUGGGAGUUUUGGAAGAAACGGCUUGGUGAGAUCGCCGCCGAUGCUGAGAGCCUGAAGCUCGAGGGUCCUAUCCUUGAGCGGAUAUCAGACACCGUUAUGAGAAUGGAGACUGUUCAAAAGGAGAUGACUAAGAACUAAAGGGCAAUAUGUAUUACUUAGCAAGCGAACGUGUUUUAUAUCUUUUAAACGGUUAGAGGUAAUAAUAGACUUGUGAACAUA